AGCAGCAGCUUGCACACACUGCUUUGCACUUUGCUCUGCUGUCUGGUGACUACUCUCUAGCUGCUGAGGUAGAGUUACAAAUUCGCGGCGCAAGGAUGGCGGCUUCUUACUCUACUGCUCGCCAAGGCCUGCUUCGCGCGCUUGCUCGCUCCCCAAAGCUCGGCAGCCCUCUUCCUGCCACGGCGGUCCGUUCACUGAUAUCUGUUCAAGUCCCCGCACCGCAGCAGCAGCUGCAGUUGCGACGGGAGACGCUGUCGAAGAGCAGCCAGGCAUGGUCGGUGGAGCCACAGCAGCAGAUGCAACAGCGACGGAGAUUCGCCGCGGCCAGUGGGAGGGACGAGGAUGGCUCAGAUGACGACUUCAAGCCCAAGAGGAAAGCAGUACCAGAGGGCGCUGACGAGGUUUCGGACCUCAUCAAGAAGCAGGUGGAGAGUAACCCCGUAAUGCUUUACAUGAAAGGCACCCCCGCCCAGCCUCAGUGCGGCUUCAGCAAGCAGGUGGUCAGCAUCCUUCACGCCCAAGGAGUGAGCUUCAGCAGCGUCAACGUGUUGGAUUACCCUGCUCUUCGAGAGGGCAUCAAGACAUUCUCGGAGUGGCCCACCAUCCCUCAGCUGUACGUUAAGGGAGAGUUCGUCGGCGGGUGCGACAUUUUGACGCAGCUUCACCAGUCCGGCGACCUCGAAACCAUGCUCAAGGAGGCCAAGCUCAGGGAUUGAUUGAUAAUGCCAUCAAGCGCAUCAUCUACAGCAGCGCCCUCAGUACCAUGCGGUCGAACCCAGAGCGCGCUCUCUGCGGAAAAACUCGCAUUAGGAGGAAUGCUUUUAUCAAGCCCUAUGUUUCCUGGUAUUCUCCAGAGUGGUGUGUUUUUGGACCAAGGCCCAGUGGGGCAAAACCGACGCCAGUUUUGUGGUUGGCCUGAGUGCAACGAACACGCGGAGAAAUUAACGCAACCUCACACCACUGUGCCAGCCUACGAAUGGUUUGCUGUCCCGGGCUCUCCUGCCGUAGCUACGUUGACGAGAGGACGCAUAUAGGUCGGGAAAACGGAAUUGUGCUGUUGCAGGAAUUGUUGAUGUCACGUCAUGCACCGUGCCUCUUAUGGAUUUAUUCUGCAACGACUGCUGGGCACGGGAAGGGGGAGUGUACGAUCAACACCAACACACCUGGCCAGACCCGAGGCUGGUUUUCGGUUUUCGACACGGCUUUCUCCUGUGGGACCUUCUGGCGAUUCGUUUCAAACUGUCCAACAAUUACGAUAGCAGACUGUGUUUCGCACUCAGACGCACUGCAGCUGUGGAGAGUUCGGGGUUCGUGCUUCCUAUUUCAAAAGCAGCAGAGGUGGUGUCGUGAGGCUGGGGUGCUGCACGUACACACCGAGUUACAACAGACGGCCCAACAGGCUAAAGUUGGCCGCGGUUAGUUGCUGCCCUUCGACGCACGACCGAUUGCGCGAACGGAUUUUGGGUCUGCUCGAGGGGGCCGUCUCUCUGCGUGCUCCGCGAGUGUAAGACGGGAAGGGCACACU